UUCAGUUGCGCGCAGAAGAUCGACCCGAACGGACGUGAAAAGUGGAAGCUCCCCAAAGGGAAAACAAGUGAAGUUAAAAGGUUUGAAAAGUGAAGAAGACUUAGAAAAAUAAAUAGAAGAAGUGUUUGUGUGUGUGGAAAUAUUCAAAUGAACCCAAGUGGUUGGGGCCAGAUAAGCGGGUUGGCUUUGGAGGGGCAGGAGUAUUAAACUUUUUGAGACUUGGCGAUAAUUAAUGCUGCGAGGAAGAGGAGAUCUCCACUAAGAUCCCUCGUGCAAGGCGCGCAGCCUCCGCCAUCGUGUUCCAACGACCCAAAACCAUGGGUGGCACCGGCAAAGUGCCAUCCGCGACGACGACCGCGACCCUGUUGCUGCUGUCCGCAGUAACUAUGGUCCGGUCGGAACUGACCCCGCCGUACUUUAAUCUGGCCGAGGGUCGCAAGAUUACCGCAUCCGCCACCUGUGGAGUGGGCACCGACGGGGACGAACUGUACUGCAAGCUGGUCGGAGCCAACACCGAGAAUGAUCACCAGAACAAGUACGAGGUCAUCCAGGGACAGGUUUGUGACAUCUGCAAACCUGGCUACACGGACAAGAGCCACCCGGCCGAGUAUGCCACCGACGGAACGGAAAACUGGUGGCAGAGUCCGCCACUGUCCCGCGGCAUGAAGUACAACGAGGUCAACCUGACGAUCGACUUUGGACAGGAAUUCCACGUGGCCUAUCUGUUCAUCCGGAUGGGCAACUCGCCCCGGCCCGGCCUGUGGACGCUGGAGAAGUCCAUCGAUUACGGCGAGUCGUGGCAACCGUGGCAGCACUUUUCGGACUCGCCCGCCGACUGCGAGACCUUCUUCGGCCGCCAGAGCCUGCGCCCGAUCAUGAACGACGACGACGUGAUCUGCACGACCGAGUACUCGAAAAUUGUCCCGCUCGAAGGUGGUGAGAUCCCAGUUAUGCUGCUGAACAACCGUCCCUCGGCGAACAACUACUUCAACUCGACAACGCUGCAGGAGUGGACUCGCGCUACUAACGUCAGGAUUCGUCUGCUACGCACCAAGAACUUGCUUGGACAUCUGAUGUCGGUGGCCCGACAGGAUCCGACGGUUACCCGAAGAUACUUCUACUCGAUCAAGGAUAUCUCCAUCGGAGGACGGUGCAUGUGUAACGGUCACGCCAACACCUGUAACGUGCUGGACCCGCGAUCGCCGACCCGCAUCCUGGCCUGCCAGUGUCAGCACAAUACCUGCGGAAUUCAGUGUAACGAGUGUUGCCAGGGCUUCGAGCAGAAGAAGUGGCGUCAGAAUACGAACGCGCGCCCGUUUUCGUGUGAACCCUGCAACUGCCACGGCCACUCGAACGAGUGCGUCUACUCGGAGGAGAUCGACGAGAAGCGCCUCUCGCUGGACAUCCACGGUAACUACGAAGGCGGCGGCAUCUGCCAGAACUGCCAGGACAACACCGAGGGCAUCAACUGCAACAAGUGCAAGAGCACGUUCUACCGGCCGUACGGCAAGGUGUGGAGCGAUCGCGACGUCUGCCAACCCUGCAACUGCGAUCACUUCUACUCGACGGGCAACUGCGAGGAGGAAACGGGCCGUUGCGAGUGCCGAUCGGAGUUCAACCCACCGAACUGCGACUCCUGCUCGUACGGACACUUUGGCUACCCGAAUUGUCGACCGUGCGAGUGCAACCUGAACGGUACGAUCGGCUACCACUGCGAAGCGGUCAACGGCGAGUGCCCGUGCAAGCCCAACUUUGGCGGUGCGCACUGUCGGCAGUGCGCCGAGGGGUACUACGACUUCCCGGAGUGUGAACCUUGCGGUUGUAACGAGAUCGGCUCGGUGAGCCACGUGUGCAGCUACGAGUCUGGGCAGUGCCAGUGCAAGCCCAACUUUGCCGGGCAGCACUGCGACAAGUGUAAAGACGGGUUCUUCAACUACCCUACGUGUACCUACUGCAACUGCGAUGUUCGGGGAACGUUGGACGAGGUGUGCGACAAAGGAAACGGCAAGUGCUUGUGCCGCGAAGGUUAUGGAGGUCCCCGGUGUGACCAGUGUAUCGCUGGCUACUACAACUACCCGGAGUGCGUGCCGUGCAACUGUUCCGGAGCGGGUUCCGUGUCGACGGUUUGCGACGUAACUGGAAAGUGUGCCUGUUUGUCGAACUUCUCCGGCCGCCAGUGUACCAUGUGUAUGCCAGGUUACUACCAAUAUCCGGAGUGCCUACCGUGUAACUGCGAUACCCACGGAUCGAUCGGGUUGUCCUGUAAUACCGAGGGUCAGUGCCAGUGUGCGUACAACUUUGAUGGCAAGACGUGCAACCAGUGCAAGGAAGGGUUCUACAACUUCCCGGCGUGCGAGGAGUGUAACUGUGACCCGGCGGGAGUAAUUGCCAAGUUUGCUGGAUGUGGUUCCGUACCGGCGGGAGAGCUUUGUCAGUGCAAGGAACGGGUUCAGGGAAGAAUCUGCGACAAGUGUAGACCUCUGUAUUGGAACCUGAACGCUAGCAAUCCUCAUGGUUGUGAAGACUGUGAGUGUUUCAUAGACGGCACGAUCGGUGCCUUGGACACUUGCGAUACCAAGUCGGGUCAGUGCGCGUGCAAACCUUCCGUAACGGGUCGCCAGUGUUCGGAGUGUAAGGACGGCACGUUUGAUCUGUUCGGUGCCAGCUUGUUCGGCUGUAAGGACUGCGGUUGUGACAUCGGAGGAUCUGCUGACAAUGUGUGCAACAAGGAAACAGGUCAAUGCAGAUGUCAUCCCAGAGUUACGGGAAGAACCUGUACGUACCCUCUGACAACGCACUACUUCCCAACGCUGUACCAAUUCCAGUUUGAAUACGAAGACGGCUAUACUCCCUCGGGAGCUCAGGUUCGCUACCAGUUCCACGAAGAUGUCUUCCCAGAGUUCAGCAAGCGAGGUUACGCCGUAUUCUCGGCUCUUCAGAACGAAGUCAUCAACGAAGUUAGCGUUAUGAAGUCCUCAGUGUAUCGGUUUGUGAUCCGCUACAAGAAUCCCACCCAAGAAAACGUGAUCGCGCAGAUUCUCAUCACUCCGGACAAUCCAACCGAGCUUGAACAGAAAGCUAAGGUGCUGUUGAAGCCCAAUGACAAACCCGAGUUUGUAACGGUAUCUGGUUCGAAGGGUGAGAUUCCUUCCCCCGUCGUCCUUGAUCCAGGCCGAUACACCAUCAGUACCAAGACCGACAAGAACGUAUUUCUGGAUUACUUUGUGCUUCUUCCUGCCGCGUACUACGAAGCUCCCAUCUUGACCAAGAAGAUCGAAAACCCUUGCGAGAUCACCGAUCUUGGCCUGUGCCGUCACUACAAGUACCCGAACAUCAUCGAGUUCCACCCCCAUAUGGAAGCGCAAAUCAUCGAAGACCACGAAGCAUCGCGACCCGAGGAGUUCUUCCGAGACUACGAACAUCUGGACGUGAUUAAGGAGGAAAGUCUACCCCUGCUGACCGUCGAUCAAUCCGAGCUAAACUACGUUCUGGAUGUGCCCAGACCGGGUCGUUACGUCCUCGUCGUAGACUACAUCACCAACCGCAACUACCCGGAAAUUUCGGUCCUUCAAAUUAACCAAAUCGGAGACAGCGAGCAAGACGGCACCGUCACAGCGUACCCUUGCACGUACACCACAGUUUGUCGCCAACCCGUCAUAGACAAAGAGUCCCGCGAAAAGGUCUUCUACAUCGACCCGAACAACCGCAAACCAAUCACCGUAUCGAGCCAGGAACCGACCGGUGCCGUUGCGAUCAAGUCCAUCACGGCGAUCCCGUACGAGGAGUGGUCCAUCGACUACAUCAGCCCGAGUCCGGUGUGCGUGAUGCAGAAGGGAAAGUGUGUCCUAACAAGCUACCGAACUGCUCCGGACUCCAAGAAGAUCGAGUUCGAAACGGACAACGAAGAUCGCGUUGCGGAGACGAUCCCAAGCGAGAUAUUCGACAACGCUACCAAGCUGAUCUACCUUGACAAGGAUGAGCCGUCGUUGAACAUCAAGGCGAAGGUCCCACAUCCGGAUCGUUACGUGGUUAUCGUUAAGUUCUACCAGCCGAACCAUCCACUGUUCAACAUUCAGUACAGGAUUGAGUCCGAUCGCCAAAACUACGACGGCCGUUUACCCCUUAGACAUUGUCCAGCGAACUCGGGAUGUCGCGAAGUCCUCAAGCAAGACAACGGUUACAUCUGGUUUGACAUUGAGGAUGCGUUCGACAUCACGUUCCUGAGCGGUGCCACCAAGGGUGUUUGGUUGGACUACAUACUGCUAGUACCAGCUGAUCAGUUCCACGAUGAUCUGCUCCAGGAAGAGACCUUCGAUCAAACCAAGGAGUUUAUUCAAAAGUGCGGCCAAGAUCACUUCCACAUCCAACUGAAUGCCAGCGAGUUCUGCAAGGACGCCGUGUUCUCGCUGACUGCGGACUACAACAGUGGAGCACUGCCUUGCAACUGCGAUUACUACGGAUCGACCAGUUUCGAGUGUGAACAGUUUGGUGGUCAGUGCCAGUGCAAGCCACACAUCAUCGGUCGUCAGUGCGAAGCGUGCAAGACCGGAUACUACGGAUUCCCGGAUUGCAAACCAUGCGAUUGUCCAUCGACCGCGCUGUGCCAGAAGGAUACCGGCGAGUGUAUCUGUCCGGAUCGUGUAACGGGUGAGAAGUGCGACAAGUGUAUGCCGUACACGUUCGGAUACGAUCAGAUCAUCGGUUGCGAAGAGUGUAACUGCAACCCGCUCGGGGUGGCCAACAACAACCUGCAGUGUGAUCUGGACAACGGAGUCUGUGAGUGCAAGUCCAACGUUGUGGGACGUAGCUGCGAUCGGUGCCAGUUUGGAUUCUUCAACUUCCCGUACUGCGAACCUUGCAAGUGUGACAUCCGAGGAACGACGUUUGAAAUUUGCGAUCAGCAGGAUGAGACGUGCUUCUGCAAGAAGAACGUGCAGGGUCGCGAGUGUAGUCAGUGCGUUGACGGAACGUACAACUUGCAGGCAACGAACCCGGAGGGUUGUACCAAGUGCUUCUGCUUCGGACACACGUCAGUUUGUGAGACGGCAUUCCUGAGACCGUUCAACGUUUCAAUGAUGAAAGAUGUUACGCUGAACACGAUCAAGCUGUCCGGCGGAAAGCCUGUGAUCUCUCCAUGGGUUGUGGAAGGCGAUGUUCUUAUCAACGAGACGUCCGCUGAAGUUGCGCUGAGUGACGUUGACAACGAGGAGUUGCUGUCCGGUUUGUCGUACUUUGGAAUGAUUGACUACCUGUUGGAUCUCAACAGUCACAUCACAGCUUACGGUGGGUUCUUAACUUACAAGAUCUACUACACACACGGACUCUUCGGAAGCGCCCUGAUCGGUCCCGAUGUAAUCCUGGAGGGCAAGAACAUGGUGAUCACGCAUCAAAGCAUUGAGCAGCCAGCUUCCAACACCGUAUUCAAUGGACGCGUCGAAAUGGUUGAGACCAACUUCCAAACCGCAUCGGGUGCAUCGGUAACUCGUGAGCAGUUCAUGAUGAUCUUACGGGAUUUGAAGGCGAUCUACGUCCGCGCAUCGUACUGGGAGAACGGACUGUCCACGGUUGUGUCCGACGUUAGCCUUACCAUGGCACAUGAUGAUCCUGGAAACUACGACAUGUACGAGGAACUGUCAGUUGAGCGUUGCUCAUGCCCACCGGGUUACGCUGGCCUUUCCUGUGAGGAUUGUGCUCCAGGUUAUUACCGCGAUCCGAACGGACCGUACGGAGGCUACUGCGUACCGUGCCAGUGCAACGGUCAUGCCGAAACUUGCGAUUGCAACACCGGAAUCUGUGAUACGUGUCAACACUACACGACCGGCGAUCACUGCGAUCAGUGCAUUGAAGGAUACUACGGCAACGCUACUCGUGGAUCUCCGAAUGACUGUAUGAUCUGCGCGUGUCCACUACCGAUUGAUUCGAACAACUUUGCAACCUCUUGCGACGUUUCGGAAGAUGGGUACGAGAUCCACUGUGAGUGCAAACCUGGUUACACCGGAGAAAAGUGUCAGAGCUGUGCUCCAGGAUUCUUUGGACAGCCGGAGAUCGAGGGCGAAGUGUGUAAACCUUGCGACUGCUCUGGAAACAUCAACCCCGAGGAGCCUGGAUCGUGCGAUUCCGUGUCGGGCGAAUGUCUGAUGUGUCUGAACAACACGUACGGUCGAGCCUGUAACCUGUGCGCUCCCGGAUUCUACGGUGACGCUAUUCAGCUGAAGGAUUGCCAGAGCUGUAUUUGCGACGCUGUCGGUACGGAACACUGCGAUAACUUUGUGGGAACGUGUAACUGUUACGCCAACGUGAUUGGUGAAAAGUGCGAUCGUUGCGAGGACGACCAUUACGGAUUUGAAUCGGGUCGAGGAUGUUCACCGUGCGAUUGUGGAAUUGCCUCAAACAGUACGCAGUGUGAUGAUCAUACAGGCAAGUGUGCUUGCAAACCGGGAGUCACGGGACGCCAGUGCGAUCGAUGUGAACCUGGCUACUGGAACUAUUCUGAGGAAGGUUGUGUUCCGUGCUCGUGUAAUACGGAUUACUCCAGAGGUUACGGCUGUAAUGCACAAACUGGACAGUGCGAAUGUUUGUCGGGAGUCGUAGGUGAAAAGUGUGAUUCAUGCCCCUACAGAUGGGUUCUGAUUCCGGAUCAAGGCUGUCAGGAGUGUGACGGAUGUCAUCACGCUUUGUUGGAUGUCACGGAUGAACUAAAGGACACCAUUGAUCCGGUUCUGCACGAUAUUGAAACCAUCGCAGACGAUUACUACACGUCACAAAAGUUGAAGCACUUUGACGAUUUGGUCGAUGAGCUGGAACCAGUCGUGAGACGACUAGACCCACGAGGCGUGAACUUGAGUCCCUCCAGAAACGAGCUGGAAAAGUUGGAAGCUGAAAUAAAGGCGCUUGAUCGCAAGAUCCAGUAUCAGGAUGAGAAUAACCUUCCGGAAGAAAGCGAACAGCUGCUCAAGAACGCAUCGAGCAUUCGGGAUGCUUGUAGAUUUGCCAAUCUCAACACUGUUAAUACCAUUCAUGAGGUUGAGAAACUGUCCGAGAACCUGGGAAAAUCUGCUGGUAGCAAUAAACUUGAGCAGGCUCACGCCGAAGCCGUCAACUACCUGGAACUUAUCAAGCAGUACUCUGCCACCCCGGGAAGUCUGAAUGUUCAGCUUGAUAACGCGACAGAGUUGCUGGCCAAGGUUGAAGACUUCGCCCGACCGAUUCAAGAUCAACAAGAGCGGCUGAACAAACUGAUCUACAACAUCGGAGAGUUUGACGUAAAGCUGGAAGAUCUCUACAACUGGAGUUUGAAAAUUGAGGAAGAAAGUCGUACUACGGCCAAGCUGAACAACAAGAACAAGGGCGCUUUGGAUUCCAAGUUCGAUACCGUUUCCGCUCAUUCGAAGGAAGCUCUGGAUAACAUCGAGAAUGCCAAGAAGUUGAUUGAGGAUUCGUCCAAGAUCAGCUUGGAUAUUUUCACGACUCAUACUGAAUUGGAUAAUAUCAACUCUGAGUUGAAGCAGCUAAAUAGCAAGGUUGAUAAUGAACUGCCUGAUAAUGAACGUGAAUACAAGGAACUGCUGCCCAAGAUUCAAGAUUCCAUAGAUUAUGCCGCUAACCUCAACGAGGAAGCUAAACGUCUGACGGAAAAUUACUCAGACAUUACGGCUAACUCGGAAACUGCACUGAAGGCUGCGACUGCUUACUCCAAGAUUGCGGACACAGUGAAGGAAGCCAACGACAACAUUGAAAAGGCUGCCCAGCUAGCCCAGAACGCUACAGAGCUCACGCAAGGAAUCGAACGUCGUGCGGGAGAAUCCGACAGUGAUUCUCGAGAGCUGUUCAGCGAUGCAGUCAAGUCACUGCAGUCGUUGCAAACUGAACUUGAGCCUCACAUCAACAAAACGGUGGCGACCGUCGACCAAAUCCAGAAGAGCAACGAGGAAAGCGACAAGGCGUUGUACUUUAUCAACCAAUCGCUCGAUGGUAUUCCCGAGGAAUCGUACACGAACAACUGGGAAACCGCUCGCGAUCAAGCGGUCGAAGCUCAAGGAGAUGCGCAGAACGCUAUCAAGAUUCUGGAUCCGAUCAUCACAGAUUUGCCGAAGAGUGUGUAUUCGUCCGAACAGCUGCCCAAGGAUAUCGAUCGUACAAACAAGGACAUUCAGUCGGUGUCCAACCAAAUUGAGCAGUACAAGAAAAUGAUUCCGAAGGUGGCCGAACUGGUCGACGAUGUGGAAGCGAAGCAGAACAAGAUCGACUCGAUCGUUAGUGACAUUGGAGAUCGGUUGGAAUCGCUGAAGAAGCAAAUCGCAAGUGCACGAUCGCUCGCCAACAGCAUCAAGUUUGGAAUGACGUUCCACCCGAACACGACGCUGGAGGUGAAGCCUCCAGAGUCGCUGAACCAAAUGAUCACCAAUUCUACGGUGUCGGCUUACUUCAAGACCAACAAACCAGAAGGAUUUCUGUUCUACCUGGGUAACGAGGUGAAACCAGACGCUAAGAAGAGUUCGUUGGAUGAUUACAUGGCACUGGAGAUUGAGAACGGAUAUCCGGUGCUGUCGAUCGAUUUGGGCAAUGAUCCAGAGAAGGUGAUCAAUCCGAAGUACGUUGCGGAUGAUAAGUGGUAUCAGGCGAUCAUUGAUCGAAAUGGAAACAACGUCAAGCUGACCAUUAGGGAGGAGCUGGAGAACGGAACCGAGAUGUAUCAUCCGAAGGAGCAAACUCUUCCGGGCGGUUACCAGUUGUUCAACGUUGAUCAGAACAGUAAACUGUUUGUUGGAGGAUAUCCGGCCGAGUACAACAUGCCUCUUGAUGUGAAAUCUGGCGAGUUUGAUGGAGAAAUUCAGGACUUGCAGGUUGGUGGAGAACACGUUGGUUUGUGGAACUUUGUCAAGGCUGAAAAUGUGGCGGGAAGCCAGGAGCGUGACAAGCUGCUUGAUGAGGACAAGCCUACGACUGGAUUCCGGUUUGGUGGAAAUGGUUACGUGAUGGUGGAUGCCAAGUCUCACUCGUUCAAGCAUCGUUCGCAGAUCCAGUUCCGCUUCAAGGCAACGCAGGACACGCAGGAUGGUUUGCUGUUCUAUGCGGGAAGAAAUCGUCACUUUAUUUCGGUUGAGAUGAAGCAGGGUGCGAUCGUGUUCCAGUUCAAGCUGGGUCAGCAUGGUGAGGUGGUGACGAUCGGAUCGGAUGGCAUGUUCAAUGACGAUGUUUGGCAUACGGUUUCCGCUGAGCGGGAUGGAGGAACUGGCAAGUUGACGGUGGAUGGAAAUACGGUGUACCAGAAGACUACGAGUGCAGCCGAGCCGUUGAAGGUAUCUGAGUCGAUGUUCUUCGGUGGGUAUCCGGGCAAGAUCAACCACACAGAUGUGACAACCAAGGGCUUCGAUGGCUGUAUUGACGAUGUGUACAUCUUGGGAACGAAGGUGGAUUUGAGCAUCAACCAGAAGACGUUGGAUGUUCGUCCGGGCUGUCCGAUGAAGUUCUCUUCGCUAUUGUCGUUCCCACCGCACCAGUUUGGAUAUGUCAGCCAACCAGGAGUUACUUCGGCGAAUGGAUUGCAGGUGAUUGUCAAGUUCAGGACUACCCAGCAGAACGGAAUAUUGUUCUACACCUCGAACAAUGAUCAAAGCGGAACAUUCGGACUGACUCUGGAGGAUGGCGUGUUGGUGCUGACUAGCUCUAAGCAACAGCUACGAUCGCGUGGUAAACGCUACGAUGACGAAGAAUGGCAUUUGGUCACCGCUACUCACGAGAAUAACCGUUUGAGCCUGUCCGUUGACGACGAGAUGUUCGUGUCGGACAUGGCUCCGCCGCCGUUGUACAUUGAAGACGGUGAAAUCUAUUUCGGAGGACUUCCGAAGAACUUUGUUCCGCACCGGGAUGCAAUUCCCACGCAGGCAUACUUCUGGGGAUGCAUCCGGGAUGCGAUCGUGAACGGUCAGAACGUCAACUUUGCUAAUCUGAAGGACAAGAAAUCGGCCAUUUUGGAUCACUGUUCGAAGGACAUUUUCGCCGUGAAGCCGGGCGAUGUUCCUCUGUACUAUCCGGACGGUGGAAGCGAGCCGGUUGUGUUCACUGGUUCUCGCGUUGACACCGAGGAAGCUAAACCAGACCGCGAGAACGAAAUUGAGGGCGAAGAAGAGGAACGUCCUAGACCUAUUCCACCUAUUCGAGAGGAUGAGGAAGAAGAGGGCGAAGACUCUACGACACUUCCGCCGUACACGAGACCAACAACGACCACUACAACGACUACCACUACGACAACAACGAGACGUCCAAGACCGCCACCGGAGAAACCAGAGCCCACUUGCAGGCUACCGAUCGUUCCCGACCAGGACGUGGACUUUGAUGCGGGCUAUCGUUUCGGAACGGGACCGUUCAGUCACAUCGAGUUUAGCGAAAUUCCGCAAAAGAUCAAGAAGCAGUACGAGUUCUCGCUCAGCUUCAAGACCGAGUUCUCCGAGGGAGUGCUGUUCUACGCGGCAGACUCUCGUCAUACCGACUUUAUCGCGCUGUACCUGCGUGAUGGCAAGGUGUUCCACUCGUUCAACUGUGGAUCGGGCUCGGCAAACAUCAGCUCGGAACGUCGUUACGACGACAACGAAUGGCACACGGUGUUCUUCUCGCGCUACCACAACAAGGGUAAACUUGUGGUCGACAGCGAGGAUGAAGUGCAUGGAGAAUCCGUUGGAAAUACCAGAACCAUGCAGGUUCAGGCACCGUUCUUCGUCGGUGGAGUUUCCGGUGGGGAGCACUACGAAGAUGUGGCGCUCAAUCUGAAGAUCGACAAGAACAUUUUGGAGCGCGAUCAGUUUGUGGGAUGCAUCAACGACAUCCAGGCGUUCAACAGACCGCUCGGACCUCCGUCGAAUAUCACCCAAACAAUUCCGUGCUCGUCGCAGAUCGAGAGUGGCGUGUUCUUCGGCAAGGGCGGUGGCUUCUUGAAGUUGCGCGAAAAGUUCAAGGUCGGCACGGAACUUACCGUGAGCAUGGACAUCAAGCCACGAUCGCCGACGGGUCUGUUGAUGUCUGUCCACGGCAAGCGUGCCUUCUUCGUGCUUGAGUUGGUGAACGGAAACAUCAGCCUGACGGUCAACAAUGGAGACGAGCCGUUCACCGCGAUGUACGUGCCUGAUCCGAGCGAGAACCUGUGCGAUGGCCAGUGGCGCACGAUUACGGCGAUCAAGUCGUUCUACGUCAUCACGAUCAAGGUCAACGACGUCAGCUCGAACCCGGCGAUUGGCGAUGCUCGGUCGGGAUCGACGGACACCACGCGGCCGCUGUUCCUCGGAGGACAUCCGCAUCUGCAGAGGAUUCGUGGCUUGACGGCGCGCGAACCCUUCCAGGGUUGUAUCCGCAACGUGGUGAUUCGCAAUCAGCAGGAACCAAUCACACCAAAGAUGUCGGUCGGCAACGUGCAGACCGGAGUUUGUCCGACUAUUUAGAUGUAACGAAACGAAAUGUUGGGUACGGGAUUUUUUGGAAACGGACCAUAACGCUACAGCUCAAGGAUUUUUGCGUUAGGAAUAGCGAUACGGAACACGAUUUAGGGUGAUGA